UUUUUUCCAGUGAGUGUCAGAUAAUUGGAAGGGUAGGGUGAGGCAGGAAACCGCGACACACCUUUGUCAGGACUUGUUUAAGAGCAGGGGAAUAGAAAAGCACAAGAAGGGUGAGAGUAAAACAGGUUAAAUUAAGAAGAGCUGAGCAUUUUUGGAUCAUCAUUCAGAUUCCGCACACCUUUGGAGGGACAUGAUAGUGUAGGUGGCAAAUUAUAUAGGAAACGGGAUACGGUUGAGGAGAAGAUCAGAUUUUCAUUUCAGUAACCAAAGCAUUUGAGGUGGAAAUGAUAUGGAUUCUGUAACAAAGAAAACGAGGCAGGAUGGAUCAGAAGUUACAGAGAGACUUAUUACAGAGACAGUAACUACAAGACUGACAUCUUUACCACCCAAAGGAGGGAGCAGUAGUGGACUCAAGACAUCGUCCCACACUGGAGGAAGUGGAGUUGAAAAGAGGUCUUACACCCAUAGCAGUGGCUAUGUGACUUCAAGUGGAAGUGGUAGACUGAAUUCAUCAUCAUCUGGCUACAGACAAACACAGUCUCCCAGCUCAACUCUCACCAAAUCACCUGGCUCAACAUUUGAAAGAAAAACCUAUGUCAACCGCCAUGCAACAUAUGAAGGGAGCUCCAGUGCUAACUCUUCUCCAGAGUUCCCCAGGAAGGAGUUUGCAUCUGCCUCCACAAGAGGGAGAAGCCAAAGUCGAGAGAGUGAAAUAAGAGUCCGGCUGCAGAGCGCUUCUCCCUCUGGCAGGUGGACGGAGUUGGAUGAUGUAAAACGUUUACUGAAAGGAAGUCGAUCAGCCAGCUGCAGCCCUACUCGAUCAUCAUCAAGUACCCUCCCAAUACCGAAAAAAGCUGUGGUAGAGACAAAAAUGGUUACCGAGAGCUCUCAGUCAGUGUCGGGGACAUACGAUACAACUAUACUGAAUACCGCCCUCCCUCCAUACACAUGGUCCUCAACUCUGCCUGCUGGGUCUUCCCUUGGAGGAUACCAUAACAGCAUGGGCCAGAGCUCUUCCUUGAUCAAUGCUAUGUCUCACUCUACAGGAUCAGUUUUUGGUGUUCCAAAUAACCUGGCUCCUAGCAGUCAUGCUCUGAACACAGGCCUGAGCACUUCCUCAACAGUGUUUGGAGUUCAAAACAAUCUGUCACCAAGCUCUUCAGCCCUGAAUGCCACUGCAGCCUCUGCAGCAUAUGGGAUGAAGAACACUUCUCAGAGCAACACCGUGAAUAGUACUGGUGUGUCUGCCUCAGCAGGUGGAACCAUUUUGAACUCCCAGGGAGAUGACUUUCUGCGCAAAGACUGCAAGUUCCUACUGCUGGAGAAAGAGAAUGCCCCAGCAAAGAAGGAGAUGGAGCUCUUAGUCAUGACAAAGGAUAGUGGCAAAGUCUUUAGUGCUUCUUCCACUGGGCUUAGUGGAGGAUCCUUUGCAGAAGACACCUUGAAGAAAGAGAAGCAGGGGCUUUCCUCUUACGCUGCAGAUACUGGCCUGAAAUCGGAUGCAAAUGGAGGAUUGAAAUCAGCACCGACAAGGGACAAAGCAACAUAUGCAGAAAUACGAAAUGGUGACGUAGGGGGUGCGAUCGGAUCAGCACCAUCCUGGUGUCCUUGUGGUUCCUGCUGUAGUUGGUGGAAGUGGCUCCUUGGUUUGCUUCUGGCAUGGUUGCUUCUCCUUGGAUUACUCUUUGGACUCAUUGCUCUGGCGGAAGAAGUGAGAAAGCUGAAAUCUCGUGUGGAGAACCUGGAAAAAAUAAAUCACAGCUUCCUGACAGUUAACCAAGGGAAUCCGUAUUUGGAAAAAGAUGUUUCUAAAGUAGAUUUUCUUCAUGGUGUGGCACCCUCUUCGACCUUCCCUUUUGAAAAUGAAGAAUCAGUUUGGUUGAUGGUGAAGAGCAGACUGAACAAGGAAAUAGAACGAGGCUAUUUCCGAGGGGAGAGAGGAGAACCUGGUAUGAAAGGUGACAUGGGAUUGCAAGGUCCCAAAGGGGAUCGAGGACUUCCUGGUGUCCCAGGCAUUCCUGGUCCAAUGGGGCAUCAAGGACCAGAAGGACCCAAAGGACAGAAAGGCAGCAUGGGUGAUCCUGGCAUGGAAGGUCCCAUAGGGCAAAGAGGUCGAGAAGGGCUACCAGGGCCUCGAGGAGAGCCUGGACCACCUGGAUUUGGAGAAAAAGGAGACAGAGGUGCUGCAGGUCCUCCAGGACCGCCUGGUCCCCCAGGUUCUGCUGGCCUUAAAGGUCCAAUGGGUUCUCCAGGCCCUCAAGGUCCUCCAGGUCCUCCUGGCCUUCAAGGAUUUAGAGGAGAAGCAGGCCUCCCAGGUGCUAAAGGUGAGAAAGGAGCUCCUGGAUCCCCAGGACCUAAAGGUGAUCAGGGUGAAAAAGGAGCUCGUGGAAUGACAGGCGAACAAGGCUCAAGAGGCAUACCUGGUCCUCCAGGAGAACCAGGGGCUAAAGGACCUGCAGGACAAGCUGGCCGUGAUGGACAGCCAGGUGAAAAAGGUGAACCGGGUCUCAUGGGAAUGCCAGGAGCCCGAGGCCCUCCAGGACCUUCUGGAGAUGCAGGAGUGCCAGGUCUCACAGGACCCCAGGGACCACCAGGACUUCCAGGCAACCCUGGCAGACCAGGGGCUAAAGGAGAACCUGGAGCUCCAGGCAAAGUCAUAAGUGCUGAGGGUUCAUCAACUAUUGCUCUGCCAGGCCCACCAGGUCCUCCAGGACCAGUUGGCCCCACUGGACCCCCUGGUGUUCCAGGUCCUGUUGGGCCAGCUGGUCUCCCUGGACAACAAGGUCCACGAGGUGAGAAGGGAUCCGCAGGUGAAGUUGUGAUAGAAACUAUCAAGACAGAAGUCUCAUCACUGGCAUCUCAGAUGCUGGCAGAUCUACAAGGGCGAGCAGGACCACCAGGUCCCCCUGGACCACCAGGUGAAUCUGUGCAGGGACUCCCUGGGCCUCGUGGUCCCCCAGGACCUCCAGGCCCACCAGGGAGAUCAGGAUCUUCAGUGUCCACCUCAGAAACGUUCGUCUCAGGCCCACCUGGUCCACCAGGUCCACCAGGCCCAAAGGGAGACCAAGGUGAACCAGGUCCACGAGGAUUCACAGGUGAACCAGGUGAACCUGGCCUUCCAGGAUUCUCUUCCCAUGGUGGUACAGUUACCAUGCAGGGACCUCCAGGCCCGCCAGGCCCACCAGGACCUAAAGGUGAUGCAGGUGUCCCAGGCGCUCCUGGCAUCCCAGGAACAUCUCGAGGUGGAUCCAGACAAAUUCAAGGACCCCCAGGUCCUCCCGGGCCGCCUGGUCCUCCUGGCCCAGGUGGAAGUUCAUCCCAAGAGAUUCAGCAGUAUGUCACUGAUUACCUGAAAAGUGACAAUGUAAGGCAUUAUUUGACUGGUGCCCAAGGCCCACCAGGCCCUCCAGGCCCACCUGGAAUCAUCACCACUGCAGAUGGGAAGAACUUCGAUUUUGCAGAGCUGGCUACCCGUGUUAUGAGCUAUAUGACAAGCUCUUCAGAUCAUUAUCAGUCAUUUGCCAGUUCAGUAUCAACUACGUCUGUUUUGUACCAAGAACUUUUGGAAAUGCUACAGAGAGAAGAAAUUCGUCAGUACCUAGUUGGACCUCGGGGCCCACCAGGACCUCCUGGACCAGGAGUAGAUGGAAUGUCUCUGUCACUGGAUUAUGAUGAAUUGACCAGACGGUUUAUCAGCUACUUGACAAGUUCUGGUAUGAGCAUUGGGCUCCCUGGACCACCUGGGCCUCCGGGAUCACCGGGCAUAUCUUACAGUGAACUGACAGCAUACCUGAGAAACUCUGAAUUCAGUGGUCUUGUUGGACCCCCUGGGCCUGCAGGGCCCCCAGGACCCCCAGGGAUCCCUGGAUCAUCUGGCACUUCUCUGGAGGACAUCUCUGCUUACCUACAAAGUGUUGGAUAUUCUUCUAUCUCUGGCAUCCAGGGCCCACCUGGCCCUCCUGGCCCUCCGGGACCACCAGGCUUCUCAGGAACUGGCCUCCUGUCCUACGCUGACAUCACCCACAGUGACGAGUUCAGAAGCGAGCUGAUCCAGUACCUGAAGAGUGAUGAAGUUCGAAGCUACAUCUCAGGGCCACCUGGGCCCCCUGGGCCCCGGGGACCACCAGGACCCAAAGGAGAUAGUGGUUUGGUGGCUGGGUCUAUGUCUUCACUAUACCAUGAUUCGCUGGCUUCUGAGCGGUUGCACGGAGGAUCCCUUGGUGCUGAGGGAUCCCAUGGAGGAUCUCUGGGCACAGGCAGCUCUUAUGGCAGCUCCAUGAGCAGCAGCAUGUCAUCAUACAGUGCCUCCAUGGGCAGCGAUGGCUCUUACGGUGCCUCCAUGGGCAGCGAUGGGUCAUUUGAUGGGCUGCUGACAGCUGAGGAGUCACACAGGAGAUCAGCAGGUACAGGCAGAUCUUACAGCAACUCCUUUACUGGAUCCCUGGAUUACAAUGAACUGGCUCGACAUGUGUCAGAGAACCUACAAAGUCGAGGUAUCCUCCAGGACUUGAUGUCUUACACUGGACAGGGACCUCCAGGUCCCCCCGGACCUCCUGGACCUCCCGGAAUAAGCAGAAUCUUUGCAGCCUAUGGAAAUGUCACUGAGGAUCUCAUGGACUUCUUCAGAACACAUGGUACUGUCCGGGGACCACCUGGUGAGAAAGGAGAGCGGGGUUAUCCCGGCCCCAAAGGUGACCCUGGGCCGAUGGGCCCACCAGGACGCCAUGGGCAAAGGGGACCAAAAGGAGAGAAAGGCGAGAAAGGUGAACAAGGGUAUGGUGGCAGAAGAAAAAGAAGAAGUGUUGGGGUUUAAGGGAAGAACCAAGUCAGAUCUGCACCGGGCAGCAUCUCUAGCAGCCCAAAGAAUUCGUGUGGAGCUUUGCUGCCUUACUGCUAAAAUGUCCUUGCCAGUCAGCUAAGUACUUAGCCUUGAUAGUUCAGUGUUGCUGCUGAGAUCUGAAUGGCUCUUUUACAUGUGUCCAGUGUGGCUCUAGCGUGGAUGUUUCCUCCUGUUGCAAAUGUGUGGCUUAGCACCCCUGAGCCUACCCAGGUUUGUGUUUUCUGCGCUGACAAGGGCUUCCCACCCCCCUCAGUCCAGUCUUGUAUUAUUCCCAGCUACAUAAAAACUUGUUUAAACAACUAGCCAAGUAUCCAGCCAAAAAAAAAAAAAAAUCCUCCCUGUACCAAAGAAGUGGGUAGGAGUCAGACCAAAAGCCCUGCAGGAAGUGCCGGGACUGAGCAUCCUGAGCGGCUUGCUGUGCCAGCUGCAGGGGGGGGCUGGUGCAUCAGGUGCUGGUGGCACUGAGCGGGGUCCUGGCUGGGGCUGGGAGUGCUUUCAGAUCCCUGGGGUCAGCACCUGCUGUCACCCCACUUGUGGGAAAGUUGAAAAGUGGUUCCCUCCCAGCAGUUCAGUUUUUCGGUGCUCUGGCACUCCACGUGCAUUAACCUCGCCCCCAAGCGCGCUUCCCUUGACAAAGUCCUGUAACAGAGCAGGCUGUGGCAGCACACAGGGCACAGCACACACUAAUACUCUGCAGGGAAAGUGGGCCUCUUGUGCUGUGCAGCACGGCACGGUGUGACAUGCACGGGGACAGAACUGAAGCACUUUUCUGAAACGUAAUUUGUUGACUUUUAAAAAAAACGUUUUUGCAUUCUAUUUUUGAAAUAUUAGGAAAAACUUGUUAAUGUAAACAUCCCAAUUAAAGUGUGUUUUAUACUCCAA